AUGUUUUCCCUCAGACCAAGGUCUCAUCUGUCCAGGGAAUCACAGCAAGCUGCUUCUCGGUAUGACCGCAACACCACAAAACUACCUUAUGCACUGAUUCUUAUCAUCUUGAAGCUUGGAAAUUUAGUGGGCUGCUUACUUGCAGCAUGCUAUGGUGAUCGCCUGGGCAGAAAGAAUACACUAAGAUUUGGUGCCAUGAUCAGCGCCCUUGGUGCUGUGCUGCAAUUCUCUGCCUAUUCCUUCCCUCAACUUAUAGUUGGUCGAGUUAUAAACGGUGUAGGAAACGGAGUGACCAGUUCGACAUGUGGCGUAUUUCAGGCCGAGUCCUGUCGCAGCGAUCGUCGUGGCAAGCUCUCCGUGAUAGUUGUUCUUCACAACGUCAUAUUUUACUGUGCUGCGACAUGGUUAACAUUAGGCUGUUCCUUUCUCCAAGGAGGGUAUCAGUGGCGACUUCCUUUAGCACUACAGCUUGUGCCAUGCACGGCUCUAGUAGCACUCCUUCCGCUAGUUCCUGACAGCCCACGGUGGCUCUUAAUGCAGAACAGAAACCAAGAGGGCUUGGAAGCUAUACGACGCUAUCUUGGGAAAGGACUAACUAUUGACGAUCCCAUUGUGCAAAGUGAAUACCAUUCGAUCACUGGUGCAAUUCUCAUAGAGCGCGAAUCAAAAAUCUCUUUUACUCACGUUUUGGCUCGGCGCGAUCGAUCUAGCCACUUAAAGCGACUUCUGCUCGGGUGCGGUGGCCAAUUUAUGCAGCAAUUCGGUGGUAUAAACGCUCUCAAUUAUUACUUCACCAUCAUUCUCAUGAAAAAUGUCGGCAUGAAUGAAAUGAUGGCUAGAAUCCUUACUGGCUGCAAUGCUACAUCUUAUAUGAUCUCGUCGGGGCUAUGCUUCUGGCUGAUUGAAAGAUGCGGGCGCCGUGUCCUCAUGUUGAGCGGACUGUCCCUGCAGUGUUUAGCAUAUGUGAUGGUUGCAAUCUCCAUUGCUCUCCUUGAUCAAGCCCCAUUCCAGUGGGGAAUCGUUGCUGUCUCGUUUUUGUUCUUCUAUUACGCAGCAUUCGGUUGCACUUGGGGUAUGGUCCCGUGGGUUUACCAGGCGGAGAUCAAUUCUCUCGCCAUGAGAACUGUUGGUGCUGCGUCUGCGACUGCAACGAAUUGGUUGGCUGGGUUCAUAUGCACCCAAUUCACUCCGACCGGCAUCGAGAACAUUGGUUAUCGAUUUUAUAUCAGAAGAUUGUUAAAAGCUGACUGGCUUCUAGUAUUUGCGGUGUUUAAUUUCGCAUUCAUAUUUGUGGUUUACUUUCUAUACCCAGAAACUGCGUAUCGGACCCUGGAAGAUCUUGAUGUCUACUUUGAUCGAGAUUCCCAUCAUCCCACGAUUAUCCCGAUACGUGACAAGGUAGCCAAGCAGUCCAAGCGCCCAUUAGAGGUAAUGGAGGCGGAAGCACUACGCAUUGCAACCACCAAGGCCAUUGAUGUAAAACUUGCGACAGAGCAUGUUGAGGAUAUUGAGAGGAAGAAUACCUCUCAAGGCGUUGAAGGCGCAAAAAGCAAAAAGAAACUCUCCCUCGGGGAAUCGAACCCCGGUCUCCCGCGCUUAUCGGUGUUAAUGACAAGCGGAAAUCAUGACCACUAG